UUUAUUCUAAGUCUUGGCUGUCAAAGAUAACAAAAUGUAGCCUCACAUCUACAGACAGAUAUGGGGCAGUUAGGUAGCCUUAUCUUUGAGACGCAGCCGAGCAUCCUGAGGAAUGGAGUUGAGUUGGGUUAUGGAAAUGGAGGUAAACUUUCUUGAGACUGCUCCUGAGUUCCUGUGGGGGGAAAAGCCUGUGUAGUGGUGUCGUAUGGCAGAAGGGAGGUCAAGGGAGCACAGCCUGGUUGGGAGGGGACAUCUGCAUCCUUCAAUGUGGACCCAAACCAUGAAUUAUGUGGGCCAGUUUGCGGAGACAGUGUUUGUGACGGUGAAGGAGCUGUACCGCGGCCUUAACCCUGCCACUCUCACCGGAGGGAUCGAUGUCAUCGUGGUGCGACAGCCUGAUGGAUCCUUCCAGUGUUCUCCCUUUCAUGUCCGCUUUGGCAAGCUUGGGGUGCUGCGCUCCAAGGAGAAAAUUGUGGAUAUUGAGAUUAAUGGAGAAUCAGUGGACCUGCACAUGAAGCUAGGUGACAAUGGAGAAGCUUUUUUUGUGGAGGAAAAUGAAAACAUGGAGGUCCCAGCCCAUCUCUGCACCUCCCCAAUUCCUCUUGAGGCCCCAGAGGAGAUCGAGGAGACCACUGAGGGAUCCUUCAUCGCUGGGUCUGGCGCACGCAGGAAGAAACGCCGUCGCAAACGCAUACGUUCUGACACUCACCUGAGAGAAGACGCUAGCUCCUCAUCAGAUGAAAGGGAAAGAGAGAAGGAGUGGGAGAGAGAAGGUGAUCAGGCUGGGCAGGAGAGGCCUGCUAAAGAUGAGCCUGUCACACCACUGAAUGUCAGUAAAUCCAUUUACUACUCGCUGUCUGAGGAGCCAAAUGAGGAGCAGGGGCCCACACAGACCAGAGACACUCAUCCACAUUCAGAUGGAGAGCAGUCACCAUCAGAAAACAGUGUGUUCUCCAGCCGACCAUCCUCUCCUAAGAGCGACUCCGAGCUUCUUAAAUCCCAAGAGUCCCCUGGGCCUCAGAUGCAGUGGAACUGGGGAGGUUUUCCCACGCUGUGUCAAUCAGAGAGGACACCAGUGGAGUUGCAGCACAUCUCCCCUUCAGGCAAUUCUCACUUCCGCACCAUUGAGAGACAGGACUCCUUUGACAUGGGCUACGAGCCUGGGAUCAGCUGUGGCAGAGUGGGCAGUGUAACUGUGGUCAGACCACAACCCAGGACUCAGUCUUUAGACCUAGGUAGCUAUGGUAUGCAAACCACCCCUUUAUCCAAGGAGACAAACUCCCACAUUACUCAUUCUACCCCAAGUGACCUCCCAGAGUCUUGUGCACCAUCAGAGAAGACUAACGUGGACUUGACACAGGCACUUGAAUCCACAUUAGGGGAAGAGAACAACAGAGACUCAUCUUCUUAUGCAGCUGCUCUCAUUAAUGGCACAGAUUCUCUCGGUGACAAAGAAAGCACAACCAGUGUUGAGCACAUCAGCACUGUGACUCACAUAAUUAGCCCCGCAAGCAAAAGUAGCAUGGUCAGUGUGACCGAAUCAAAGAAUGCACUCAUCAAAGAGAGCGAAGACUGCACAGUCACAGCAACAAGUCCAAGUAGUACAGAGUUAACAAAUCCACAGCAGCAGGGUGUCUUAUCGGAGCAAAAUGAACAGGGUUCCACCAGCAGUGCCACUGUCAGCGAGGGGGACAGUGGGAUUGAUCCUUGUGCUGAGGGAGGGGAGGAGGAGGGUGGACCCGGAGGCACUGAAGGGUCAGCAGGAGGCUCACUGACCAACAAAGUGGAGCAACAAGAUAAGAAGAAAGGUAAACGUAAUCACCAUCUAGGACCAACAGAUAUUUACUUGGAUGAUCUGCCCAAGUUGGACCCUGAAGCAGCUGCACUCUACUUCCCCAAGAGUGAGACAGAGGGAGCGUCUCAGCAAGGGGCAGAACAGGGCUCCUGCUCAGGAAGCCAGUCGCCUCAGUCAGUGGGCAGCGGGGCUAUGGACAGUGGUACAGAGUAUCUGUCAGAUUCCACCUCAUACAACAUGGAUAUCAGCAUGUCUCUCUGCGGACAAGAGGGAGACACGAGCCAAAUUACUAAAGAAAAGUUCAUGGAGCACAUUGUGACAUACCAGGAUUUUGUGAACAAUCCAGGAAUCAUUGAGGAUCCAAGCCUUGUCAUCUGCAUCAACGCAAACUAUUAUAACUGGGCGGUGGCUGCUCCAAUGGUUUUGUCAAUGGCAACUUUCCAGAAAAACCUACCCACGAGUACAGUAGAGCGGCUGGUGAAGGAUAAGAUGCCCAAAAAGUCUGGACGCUGGUGGUUCUCCUGGAGGAGAAGAGACAUGGACAGUAACCAGCAAAAGACCUCAAAGGAUGAACAAGAGGACGCACUGGCAAGUGCUUCUUCCACAGUAAAAGCCACGCUGGAUGACAUCGAGAGUGACGAGGCAGCAGGCCUCGGCCGAACAGCCACCAUCGCUCCCAGCUUAUCAACAGAGACACUCAACGUCACUCAGUGCAUCACCCAGAUGUACCGCAAAUCACUACGCCUGACCUCUGAACAGAUCAAGCACUUAAACCUGCGUGAAGGAGCCAACAAGGUGGUGUUCAGUGUGACCACACAAUACCAAGGCACCUGUCGCUGUGAGGCUGCCAUCUACCUGUGGAACUGGAACGAUCGCGUCAUCAUAUCAGACAUAGAUGGCACCAUCACUAAGUCUGAUGCUCUGGGUCAUAUUCUACCUCAGUUUGGAAAAGACUGGACACACAAAGGCAUUGCAAGACUCUACCACAAAAUACACCAAAAUGGCUAUAAGUUCCUGUAUUGUUCAGCACGGGCCAUAGGUAUGGCUGCCAUCACUAAGGACUACCUGCAGUGGGUCAAUGACAAAGGCACUGUCCUCCCUAAAGGUCCUGUACUGUUGGCUCCAAGCAGCCUCUUUUCAGCAUUACACAGAGAGGUUAUUGAGAAGAAGCCGGAGGUGUUUAAAAUCGCCUGUCUCAGUGACAUCAGGGACCUGUUCAACCCACAGAAACAGCCAUUCUACGCGGCCUUCGGAAACAGGACUAAUGAUGCAUUCGCCUAUAAGCAAGUUGGUGUGCCUGACACUCGGUUAUUUACCGUAAACCCAAAAGGAGAGCUCAUCCAGGAAAAGACUAAAGGCAACAAGUCCUCGUACAGCCACCUCAGUGAAGUGGUGGAACAUUUCUUCCCCAUGCUCUCUGUUGAGAAAAGCACGUCCUCUUCUUUCGACUGUCCUGAGUACAGCAGUUUCUCCUAUUUUAAAGAGCCUCUGCCAGAUCUGGACCUAGAUGUACUACUAUAGACACACACACACACAAACACACACACACACACACACACACAUAUAUUUCCCAAAAGCUACACACACAUUUUAAUGCAAGCACAUAUACUCUUGAUUUCCAAAGUGUUUUCCCAGUAUGCCUGUAUAUUGCCUUUGAUAGACCUGCCAAAUGUGCUGUGCCUGUUUAUGAGACACUGCAUAAACUGGAACAUCAUUAAAAUUAAGUCAUAAAUUACAUGGACUCUACAUUUCAAGUGUCUAAAACAGUAUGCAGUAGUUGAUCUCAAUGCUAAUACACAGCCUAUGGUUGUUUUACACAAUAUUUUGCUAUUUUUAUGUGAAACCCUACAAUGGACAUGACACAACUGGACAAAUAUGCCUUUGGACUGUUAAGCUACACUUGUAACAAAGUUAAGCUGUAUUAGAUAACUAUUAAGUUAUGUUUGAGUCCUGCUCAUGCCAAAACUGUCAACUGGCCAUUGCCUGUUUUCUGUUUUCAAAUGUUCAGUUCACUGCCUGACGCUCAAAGCAGGCUCAGAGACACACACACAGCUACAAAACAACCCCUGUUAACCUUUAUUCAGUUGAGAUUAGAAAGAUUUUGUAUCUGUGUGUUGUUGGCAACAGAUAAUGUCUUUGGACUUCAGCAUUGUGUGGAGGGUUUUUCAUAGCUACAUGUACCAAGCAACCAAAUAUGGUGUGAGGAUGUAUUCAAAAUGCUUUUUUUGUUUGUUUGACUGUAGUUGUGGAGAUUUAUGGUGUUUGUCCUGUGCAACGUUGAACAUUAUAUGUUGUUAGAUUGCUCUAAGUUAUAAGGUACCUGUAGCUCUGGAUAAGAGGUGUGCUAACUGCCUGAGUCAAGCCUCCAAAUGAAUACUGAGAAGGAGUUGCAGUAGCAUUAUUUUAGCAAUAAUCGUUGAGCUUAUGAUCUUAUCUUGCACACUUUUACUUCCUUUAAGGGAUGACAUUACCAAGUUUAGAAAUGUUGGUACAAUACAUGAAUGCAGACGUGGUUCCAAGCUGACCAAUGUUAAUUCCAGAGACAUGUAAACAGAGCUUGGAGAGGGAGUCUGGCACUGUGCCUUUGUACUAUAAAGAUGCUGUAAUAUUUAUAUUAUUUUUGCAUAUCUUUGAUCAUCCAACUGUGUGAAUGCGCAUUGGAGCUGAGGAUUUUGCUGUUACUACUUAACCAAAUGUAUAGAAAUAUAUAAAUAAAUUUUAAAUACAACA